AUGGAAGCCACCGUUUUAAAAAAGAAAAAAACCACGAUCAGUAAAGGUAAAAUUAAGAAAACAAUAAAAAAUGUCAUAAGUAGACCUGAUCCUGUUUAUUGGCCUGUAACAUCUGAAGCAGAGAGCAAACAAAUAGAGUCUAUUUUAAAUAAAUACCACAUAAGUAUACCAGAAUUCAAAAAACCGACUUGGGAUGUUUUAAAAAAUAUGCCUAAAAAUGCAAGGCCUAAACCUCCUCCAUUAAAGAAAGUUGAUGGGCUUAUAUUUGGAUUAUCAGAAUGUCGAUUGUUUUCACAAAUUAAGCAAUUGUCUGCUUUAAUUUUGGAAGCUGAAAUAAACCCAAGAGCCAUAGUGCAGCCGUUAAUAGAAGUUUGUAUUAAUACUCAAGUGCCGGUUAUAUGUUUACCUGGCUUGAAGAAAUCCAGUGCAUCCAACUUUGGCAUAUCCACAAGCUGUUUGGGAGUCAAGUCAAAUUUUUUACCAGACUUAACAGAAACUGUUAUUCAUAUAUCAAAGAAUCAUAAUCUUCCAGAAACAAAUAAUGUUAAGGUUAAUAACAAUGAAUUAGCCAAUUUUGAAAUGAUAAAUAGCGCAGACAAUGAAAAAGAACCAGAAAUUCCAAACAAUGUCCCACGCUUUUCUUACUUGUAUAGAUCUGAUAAAAAAAGAGUAUUUGUACCCACGAAUGAUGAGAGAGCAACUAAAAUUAAAAAACAGUUUAUUGGGCAAGACUUCAUUGAAUUUUCUAAAAAACUUGAAAAAGAAAACAAAUCAUAUAAGAAAAUGGUGGUAAAGAGAAUAUCCAACAAUCCUAACAGACAGAAGGAUUAUAAUAAUACAAAAUAA